UAUGCAAAUGGUUCAUUGCCUACAGCAUUCCUCCGGGAAUGGUCACCCCUCCGCUGCCACAGUCCUUCCCUCCCCCUUCCCUCCUCUGCAUGCCCACUCUUUCAACUUACAGUGCCUGAAGACUGUCAGGAGAGUUGAGGACCUAAAGCAAACUGGCCUUGAGACAUGCAACUCUUCGCCCUCCUUCUGGUGACCCUGUUCUGCAGGGUGGGGGGCUCCAUCUACACCCCUCAGAAGCUCUAUGGAGAGGUGACCUCCCCUCUAUAUCCCAAGCCUUACCCCAAUGACUUUGAGACAACCACUGUGAUCAUGGUCCCCAGAGGGUACAGGGUGAAGCUCGUCUUCUGGCAUUUUGACGUGGAACCCUCUGAAGGCUGUUUAUAUGACUAUGUCAAGAUUUCUGCUGAUAAGAAAACUCUAGGGCGGUUCUGUGGCCAGCUAGACUCUCCCCUGGGCAACCCCCCGGGAGAGAAGGAAUUCAUGUCCCAGGGGAACAAGAUGCUGUUGACCUUUCACACAGACUUCUCCAACGAAGAGAAUGGGACCAUCAUGUUCUACAAGGGCUUCCUGGCCUACUACCAGGCUGUGGACCUUGACGAAUGUGCACCCCAGUCCAACUCCGUGGAAGGAGACUACCAGCCCCGGUGUGAACACCUGUGUCACAACUAUGUUGGAGGCUACUUCUGUUCCUGCCGUCCAGGCUAUGAGCUUCAGAAAAAUGGACAGUCCUGUCAGGCUGAGUGCAGCAGUGGGCUGUACACAGAGCCCUCAGGGUAUAUCUCUAGCCUGGAAUACCCUCAUCCCUACCCACCGGAUCUGCGCUGCAACUACAGCAUCCGGGUAGAGCGGGGCCUCACUGUGCACCUCAAGUUCCUGGAUCCUUUUGAAAUUGAUGACCACCAGCAAGUACACUGUCCCUAUGACCAGCUCCAGAUCUAUGCUAACGGGAAGAACUUGGGUGAAUUCUGUGGAAAUCAAAGACCUCCAGACCUCGACACCAGCAGCAAUGCAGUGGAUGUGGUGUUCUUCACGGAUGAGUCGGGGGACAGCCGAGGCUGGAAGCUGCGCUACACCACUGAAACCAUCAAGUGCCCCCAACCCAAGGCCCUAGAUGAAUUCACCAUCAUCCAGGAACCACAGCCUCAGUACCAGUUCCGGGAUUACUUCAUCGUCACCUGCAAACAAGGCUACCAGCUCGUGGAGGGAAACCAGGCGCUGCUCUCCUUCACAGCUGUCUGCCAGGAUGAUGGCACAUGGCAUCGUGCCAUGCCCAGGUGCAAGAUCAAGGACUGUGGGCAGCCCCGAAGCCUGUCUAAUGGGGACUUCCGCUACAUCACCACAAAAGGUGUGAACACCUAUGAAGCCAGUAUCCAAUAUUCCUGCCAUGAACCAUAUUACAAGAUGAAGACCAGAGCUGGCAGUAGCGAGUCUGUGCGAGGGUUAUACACCUGCACAGCCCAGGGCAUUUGGAAGAAUGAAGAGGAAGGAGAGAAGAUGCCCCGGUGUCUGCCAGUGUGUGGGAAGCCUGUCAACCCUGUGACACAGAAGCAGCGUAUCAUCGGAGGGCAGAAAGCCAAACCUGGCAACUUCCCCUGGCAGGCAUUCACCAACAUCCAUGGGCGAGGGGGCGGGGCCCUGCUCGGAGACCGCUGGGUCCUCACCGCAGCCCAUACCAUCUACCCCAAGGAACAAAACAAACAAAGCAAUGCCAGUAAAGAUGUUUUCCUGGGCCACAUAAAUGUGGAAGAGAUCGAAAAAUUGGGACAUCGCCCUGUCCGUAGGGUCAUCAUCCAUCCCGACUACCGCCAAGAUGAACCUAACAAUUUUGAAGGAGACAUUGCCCUGCUGGAACUGGAAAACAGUGUCACCCUGGGUCCCAACCUCCUCCCCAUCUGUCUCCCUGACAAUGAGACCUUCUAUGACAAAGGCCUCAUGGGUUAUGUCAGUGGCUUUGGGAUAACAGAAGAUAGAAUCGCUUUUAACCUCAGGUUUGUCCGUCUUCCCAUAGCUGAUCGAGAUGCAUGCCAGAGAUGGCUCCAGACAAAAAAGAGUAAUGAUGUAUUUUCUCAAAAUAUGUUCUGUUCUGGGGACCCAACUCUAAAGCACGAUGCCUGCCAAGGGGACAGUGGAAGUGUGUUUGCAGUCAGGGACCGAGAUCGUGAUAUCUGGAUUGCCACAGGCAUUGUGUCCUGGGGCAUUGGGUGUGGUGAAGGAUACGGCUUCUACACCAAAUUACUCAAUUAUGUUGACUGGAUCAAGAAAGAGAUUGGAGAGGAAGACUGACCUCAGUGUUCACUAGGUCAGAAUCUAGUGUGUAGUGAACAAAAUAAUUAUCUGACCAAUUGUUGAUAACCACUAUGAUUCCAUAUUAAAAUCACAGACAGUACAUAGAAUAAACUCUCUUUUCUAUAAUCCCA